GAUUAGAUGACAGGUUUCCUACCGAGUUUCGUCUAAAUAAUGUAGGUAGGUGAUUUAAUUUGAUUUGUUUCAGUUUUUGUCGAGGAAUUUAAUUUUAGUGUUGUGUGAAGCGCUGCGCGGGGUCUUAUUCACGGGUUCAUUUAUUCAUUUUAUUAAAAUGUCGGUUGAACAUGAUAUCGAUACUGAGAAUUUACCUGUGAUGAAAUUAAUACAACCCAUUAAUGUUCCAUUAUGUGGUAUUUAUGGCAGGAGCUUUGGUUACAUUUCACUCAUAGACAGAUUGCCAAGGAUUAUUAACAAAAUAAUAGAAAAUUGUUCCACUGAAGGAUCAAAAAUCAAGUCUGCCUGUAAUGCUAGUGACGACGAUCUGAAAAACUACAUACAGCACCUGAAAAAAAUUAUAAAUGAUUUGGUUACCAACCAGUGCUAUGAGUUGCUUACUGUGGAUACAACGGAGGCUAGAAAAUGGAAUGCUUGGAUUGAGUCCCAGAACAAUCCACGCUACUUCACUAACAUAUGGUUGUACAGUGAAUGCUAUGUCUAUAGGAGAAUAAGAGAAGCGGGGGAACUGAACAAUGGAUUAGCAUCGUUUGAUCCCUUUGAAGAUCAAAAGGCGAAGGCAUUUGAAUAUGCCUUACAGUUAAAGUGUGUUGUUGCUGAAAAGCUUGCACCACUACUAACAAUACGUGACAAAAAAUCACAAAGAGAUAACUUCCUCAACUUAUUGAAGCUUUGUCUAUGGUCCAAUCAAGCAAUCAGCGAUCUGUCGCUAACAGACGGUGAUGUACUAGACGCAGACAGCGGCGCAGGAUCUCUGGAUCCUUUCAAAACUAUUGAAUAUCUGAAGGAUCAGUUGAUAGCGGACCAUUCAGAGAAAAUCGUUGACUACGUUAUAGCGAAGACAGAAAGCUUGGCGAAAUGUAGUGGAGGGGAACGUGCCGACGGAAAAUCUGUGAUGUUUGAUAUCGUGUGCGACAACUCGGGGUACGAAUUGUUUACAGAUUUGUGUUUGGCCCACUUCCUUCUCUCUCAAAAAAUUGUACAAAAGGUUAGAUUUCACGUAAAAGAUAUCCCAUGGUUUGUUUCGGAUGUUACUCCGAAAGAUUUUAAAUACGUCAUUAAUGCGUGCAGGGAAGCCAAAUUCAAUAAAACAGUAACAGGGCCAGAACCGCUAUCGGUAUCCUCGGAGUCCCUAAACAACAUUGCUGGUCAGUGGCAGCAACUAGUCGACGAGGGCGCUAUGCUCGUUUUGCACGAUGACUUCUGGACGUCGCCACACAUGUACAAAGACAUGAAGAAGUACGACCCGAGUCUGUACACGAAGCUACAGGACGCCAUUGCCGUCAUGUUUAAGGGGGACCUCAACUGCAGGAAACUCCUCAAUGAGGUCAACUGGCCAACGACUACGUCUUUUGAUAAUGUUUUGCUUGGUUUCCACCCAACGCCGGUUAUAUCAGUGCGAACUGUCAAAUCUGAUCUCGUGUGCGGCCUGCCCCCGGGCAAAGCGGAGCUACUGAGUAAACUCGACGAGAAAUGGAUGCAGAAGGGAGACUAUGGAAUUAUACUAUUCAGUGAGAAAAUAGAACCUCUGCAAAGGACAGGCGAAAAUUAAGCUCUUUCCUGCAUAAACCCAUGAAGAAAUUUAUCCAGUGUGUUACCUAUAUUUUUUAUUUAUAUUUAACUUUAACAAAACCAAGCCAAAGUGAAAGUAAAGGUUUUACUAUUUUUUUAUAAAUAUUUUUAAGUAAGUAGUAUGUUUUUACUGUUUGUACGUAUUCAGAUCAAUUUAUCAGUUUAUUAAUCUAAGCAAAUCAUAGAAGUUAGUGUAAUUUGAGCCAGUCCCGAUAUGUUUCUGGCUUUGGAUAUAUUACAGAGAAAUAUCAACGUCACAAAGUGCUGCCAUUUGAUUAUUUUAAAGGAAGUGAAAGAGUUAUAUACUUAUUAUUUUUUUAACCAAUGUUAGCUCUAAAUAAGGUUGUGUUGUAAUUUUACUUUUAGUCAUUUAAUUCUAGUGUUAUUUUAUGGUACAUGUUCAAUUAAUUUUGUUGUAUUGUGAUUUUGUAAUAUUUUUGUUACAACUUGUAAUAAACUAUUUACUUGUAACUUACAAGUAAAUACUUUUUUAAAAUACUAUUUUGCAUUUCCAUUUUGUUCGUUCGUUGCUUAAAAAUAGAUAAUCAAUAUUGUUUUGAUUAUCUAUUUUUAAGUUUGUAGGAUAGUAGUAGUAGAAUUGGUGAAUCUUUUUGAAAGUGGUGAAUCGGAAGUAUUCAUAGGAUUGGUGCUCUUUGUAAAAAGACAAAAAUAAAAUAUGUGUGAUUAUCGAA